CGGACGCAAACCAAGUCCCCAAAUCCUUCGCAAUGGAAUCCAUGGGUGACCUCGUUUCCGCCCUCGACUCCUCGCCGGCCAUCUCCGCCGGCGACCCAUCGGCUGCGUCGAAGGGUAGCGCGACCUCUGACGCUGCCCGGAUCUCGGAGGUGCGGUCGUGGCUGGCAGCCCAGUUCGAGGCUGCCGGCCGAGAAGUUCCAGCGUUCGACUACACCCCUCGCGUGGUAUCGCACCUCCAUGCCAUGGCGACCUUGUCUACUGCCCGAUCCCGCGCAGACGCCAUUGUCGCCGCUGAUCUCCGCCUCAAGGCCUCCGAGUACCGCGCCCAGGCUGCCCGUAUCCGCGAGGUCCUCGACGCCGCUGGGCUAUCACACGAGCGUCUCACUCCGGUUGCUCUCAAUGCUGCUCAGGACCUCGCUUGUGUCGCCAAUCUAUUGAAUAUCCGUGAUACCGAGCUCAGCAGUUUUGUGGUGGCAAUGGCCGAGUUAUCACUGAGGAAGGCUGAUGUGGAGGAGAAGAGGGCAAAGGUACAGAAGGAGUCGAAAGUUCUUCUUGAGUACACACGAAAGGCCAUUGCAAAGCUCAAUGAUCUUAAGAAGACCCUUGUUAAGUUUGAGAAUGAGGUUCCAUUGCAUGAUGCACAAAUGCUUCAAUGGCAAACAAACUUGGCCAUCAUGGAUUCAAAAGAGCGGCAGUAUAAUCUCCAACAUGCUAAUUAUAAGGCAUUGCUAAAGCGAGUAGGUUACACCCCGGAAAUAAAUCAUGGUGUGCUGAUGGAAAUGGCUGAGCAUCGAAAGGAUUUGGAGAAGAAAACAAAGCCCAUUUUGGAUACUUUGAGAAGCUACCAAGACUUGCCUCCUGAUAAAGCUCUUGCUGCACUAGCUAUUGAGGAGAAGAAAAGACAAUAUGCUGCUGCAGAGAAGUACCUUGAAGAUGUUUUGCACUCUGCUCUUACUACACCUGAAAUAUGACUCGUAACGUUGUUCUGAUUUCAGAAUCUCCACAUUGUUGUUUCUCAGUAGCAGCAUAGAAGAUCUGGAUGCCAUUUGUAGUAUUACUUUGUUUUGAUUGAUUGGAUGAUUGUUAGGUGUUCUUUAUUUACAACUAAUGUUCUGAUUCUUUUACUACGAGGUAGUCACAUUGCAUAUUUGUGUGUACUGGUUGAUCUCAAUCAAUCCAAGCAUCUAUUGAGUUUCAA